UCCGCUUUGUUUUGCGGAGGUGAGAGGACAUAGUGUCGUUGUAGUUUGCGAUCAUUGUUUUCAAUGUUUUUUCUUGUUGAUAGCAUUUCGUGAGUGAAUGGACAAUAAAUUAAAAUAAACAAGUGUUUUAUUAUUGGAACAAAAUCAGUGCACGUGUUAAGUAAUUGAAAAAUAGAAACAUUUGCGCAAUUGUUUAAGCGAUUCGAUGUCAAUAAACUUGUCGGUGAUAUUUUAUGGGAAAGGUGUGCCGCGUCGCUAAUACCUGUUCGCGGCGACAGGGUGCAUGAGGUCGGAGCAUUGGCGGAGGCGGUUGGCGCCUGAGCGUGGUGCGAUGGUAGAAGUGAGAUUAACAAGAUGAUUUCGAGUUUCCCGCGUGCGUCAAGUAACAUAGCGAGGCACCUUGGGACCGCGGCGAGUUUGAGAACAUGUGAAUACACCGUGUUCCACUGGGCUACAAAAAAGCUGAUUCACUCGGAUGCCUUAUCGACUAGAGACGCGAGAUGAUCGUACCAAUAUUUUUGUAGCGUGAUUUAAAGGAAGAUAUAUCGAUAUUUUUGGAUGUUAUUUUUUUUCAUUCGUUACGGUGCUAGUGUAGUGCAGUGAACUAUCGAUAAGUGGGUGAUGUUAGUAGUUGUACGAUGAACGCGAUGACUAGCGAGGGUGAGGCGGUGAAGGUGGAAGGAGGUCGCAUUUCCGUGACGACUAUCAGCAUGCCUGGACCAAAUACGAGUAGUGGCCAAUUCUCGUACAGCUCGAGCGGUGUACGGAUCAGCGUGUCUUCGGACCCCCAUGAUGAAGACUCGACUGAUGCUGAGAUCUCCAAAAUCGACUUCACACAGCAUCCUUCCGAGGUGAAUAUGCGUAGCAAGAAAAAACGGUCGUCAGGUUGUGAUGGUCCCCUCGAGCAGGAGAGGCCGAUGUCUUGGGAAGGCGAGCUCUCCGACCAUGAAAUGGUCAUAGACACCAGCGUUCAUAACGACGAGACCAGCAACAUCGACCUCCAAUCCUCCCGAGAUUCCAUAGACACGCUGCGAAACGUGACGAUAAAAUCGGAAACGGUCAAGACCGAGCCGUUUCAAAGCCUCGACGACGAUCGCGUGCUGGACCUGAAGUAUGCGCCCUUGCAACCGCAUCAGAGAAGCUUGAGUAUGAAUAGGAUAUCUGUCCUCACGGACAGCACGGCCCUCUCCCUCGCCCGGCGGCCAUCUUCGCCGACCAGCAGCGCCAAGUCGCUGGCCCUCUCCGACCAGUAUGAGCACGCUCUGCCGCACAUGACGUCCAGCGGCAUGACUGAAGUCCAAAACUUGACUAUAAAAAAGGAGAAUCAAUUGUCUGAGUUAAAAUGCGAGCCACUAGGUAUGGAUAAGCUGUUAGGAGCUCACGGGUCGCCGCUGCUGGGCCGACUGCCCCGAGUGCAAUCCAGCGCCAGCACGGACUCCGCCGUACAUUCCAUGUAUACGCACAGUGUCUACAGCAGCCCGUCAGCCAGCCCGCGGCCGUCGCGUCACUACACGCCGUCCCUCUCGCGCAACAACAGCGACGCGUCGCACUCCUCCUGCUACUCGUACAGCUCAGAGUUCUCGCCGACACACUCACCUGUGCAGAGCCGUCACCCCCACGUGGUGUACCGCGAGGCGGCCGUGUUCCCCGCGUCGCCCGCGCACGACGAGGACACGGAGCAGACCGACGAGCGGCUGCACCACCACCAGGGUAUCAGCAGGCAGCAGCUGAUCAACAGUCCAUGUCCGAUCUGCGGCGACAAGAUAAGCGGCUUCCACUAUGGAAUAUUCUCGUGCGAGUCCUGCAAGGGCUUCUUCAAGCGCACCGUGCAGAACCGCAAGAACUAUAUGUGCCUGCGCGGGGGCAACUGCCCCGUCACCGUGGCGACGAGGAAGAAGUGCCCCGCUUGCCGGUUCGACAAGUGCCUCGGCUGUGGCAUGAAGCUCGAGGCGAUCCGCGAGGACCGCACCCGCGGCGGCCGCUCCACGUACCAGUGCUCGUACUCGCUGUCGGGCGCCGCCUCCACCGGCUCGCUGCUCUCCGCGCACGCGCCCGCCACGCUGCGCCACGCCUCCAGCCUCACCUGCGUGAACGGUCCAGCAUCUUACAGCAGUCGAGGGGAGUCUAGUAGCAGUCGACUCACGCCCGACAUACCGCCACUAUUGCAGGAAAUAAUGGACGUGGAGCACCUGUGGCAGUACAACGAGUCGGAGCUGAACCGGCUGGGCAAGUCGAGCGGCAGCCCGUCCGCCAACCCGCUGCUGGCGGCGAGCGGCAUCACCGCGCAGAACUCCAGCGCGGACUUCCUCGCCGACCUGUGCAACAUCGCGGACCACCGCCUCUACAAGAUCGUCAAGUGGUGCAAGAGUUUACCGCUCUUUAAGAACAUUUCGAUCGACGACCAGAUCUGCCUGCUGAUCAACAGCUGGUGCGAGCUGCUGGUGCUGUCGUGCUGCUACCGCGGCGUCAGCACGCCGGGCGAGGUGCGCGUGGGCGGCGGCCGCGGCAUCACGCUGCACCAGAGCGCUAAGUACGGUUUAACGCCGUGUAUCGAACGAAUGCUCAGUUUCACCGACCAUUUGAGAAGAUUGCGGGUAGAUCGAUACGAAUAUGUCGCGCUUAAAGUCAUCGUACUACUCACUUCAGAUGCGCCAGAGUUGCGUGAAGCGGAGAAAGUGCGAGCGUCCCAAGAGAAGGCGCUGGCGGCGCUGCAGGCCUACACCGCCGCGCACUCGCCCGACACGCCCGCCAAGUUCGGCGAGCUGCUGCUGCGCAUUCCCGAGCUGCAGCGGACCUGCCAGUUCUUCAUGCAAGUGGGCAAGGAAAUGAUGAAUCCAACAAACAAGAAGGACGGCGAAUCGCCGAGUUUCAACCUGCUCAUGGAACUUCUGAGAGGUGACCACUAAUCUCGAGAAAUUUGGGAUUGUCCCAAACUGAAAUGAAAUAAUAAAGACAUUGCUCAAGUACGAAAUGUGUGUAUAGUUAGAAAUAAUUUGGAUUUCAUCGAGCGAUAACUGCCGUUAUAAGCUUCUCGCCUUCAUUAUAAGACUGCAAAGCCUAAAGGUUACGGUGCCAAUAGUUUUGUAUUUUUACGGAAUGUACGGAUACGCAAUAAUAUGAAUAUAUUGUAGAUUAACUUUGAUCGAGGUAUUUAUCACAGCUUACGAUGCUCUUUAAUACAUAUUUUGUAUAUUUUCAUAUUUAACCAAUAAGUCCAUAUAUGGAUUGCUUAAUUAUAUCCGUUUUUUUUUCUUUUCCGAAAUACAAGAAAUGUAAUUACGUUUAUAUUUAAAAUGACUUUUAUUUUGCGAAAAACGAUCCUUAAUUUUUUAAGGCUCAUAUAGUAUUUAAAUUCAAUAGAUAUUUCUUUUAUUAUUACCAUAACAGAUUUGUGUAAAGUGUACAGACUUAUACUUAUAUACUUAUUAUACUUAAUACGUGUAUUCUUUAUAUAAAUAAAACUCACACUGCCAUGCGCUUUUAUAUACCACACUAAAUAGUAUUAAGGCAACGGGAACAAUUAGUAUGCGUUAUUUAUAAUUGUCUAUUUUAAUCCUUAAUGCCUUGAUAUAAGAAUAAGAAAGCGAUUCAAUGGAAUUGCAUACCAAAAUGUAUUAAUACAACGCUAAUUCUUAUAAAGUAGUCCCCUUGCUUGAUUGUGAUGAGAUAUACAUAGUAUGAAUAAAUGGGAAAUAUCGUGUCGAUACUAUGUAAAUAUUUUGUUAUACAAUAUACAGAAAACACUUUAUAUUUUUAUAAAUAACGUUCAAUAAACUCCUUUGAGAGUUUAACCAUAAUCACUUAAAAUAAAGUAACAGUAUGGAAAUAGUCCGUUUAAAAUACUAGAUAAAACAGAUAUUCAAUUGGUAGUGAAUACAAAGAAAUUGAUAAAAAACAUUUUAACUUAAUGAAUAGACAAUAAUUGAAUUCCAGUCUUGCCAUCGCUCUCUUAAUUUUUUUACGUAAAUUAAAAUUAUGGAGGUGUUAAACCUCAUUCAAUGACUUAAUGUAUGAAUUUACUUAUUUAUACUUCAUGUACAAUUUAUCAUAACAUCAUAAUAUACUCUAAUAUAUAAACUUGGUAGAGGAGUGAGGGGGGGCGGUUUACCGUCGUCUAAAAGCAGUAUUUAUUCCAGUGUGGGAGAAAAACAGAUCUAUACAGGUCGUCUAUCACUUUUCCACAUUGGUAUUAGUACUGUUUUAAGACGCCAAGGUAAACUCCAGAUCAGCGGUAUUUUAUACUCAGAAUAUCCGUAAGAACUUUUUUCCCGCUGCGCGGCAUUUUUAUUCUGACGUAAUAUUCCGUUGACAUUUAUACUUAAAAAAAAAUUGUAGCGUUUCGCGCCAAUUCGCUCUGUAUAAUUUGCCAUCAUAAUUUACUUAAUGAUAUUGUUAAUAGUUGUGCAGUAGGUUAGUGUCUGAAGGUAUAACUUUCAGAUUUAUUGUUGUAUAAUUUGUAAUAUAAAUACAUAGUUAUUUACAAUGUUCCGUGGAACAAUUCCAUACAUAUUCCAAACGACAUAUUAUGAUAUGUUUAUUCAUAUUUUAAGUUUUCUUUAUAUAUGAGAACAUGGAUUCUUAAUAGAUUAUAAUGUUUUUAGUUUAAAAAUAUAACGAUGUAUUAAUAUUAAUAUAAUAUUCUAAAGAUGGGCACCUAUACAUUUUCUCAUAUCCAAGUUAUACAGACUAUAAAUUUAUAAAAUACGGAUGCUACAGACUCAUAAAUAUUUUUGGUAAUUAUAUUUACGAUCUCACUAUUUUAGCGGAAAUAUCUACUCAUAAAUUGUUUAAAUAAUAAAAAUCCCAUCUAUAGAAUAUUAUAUAGCUUUAGACUCAUUUAAAAUUAGUGUGUAUGUAUGUAUAAUAUUUGCUCUCAUACGGAGCUUUCAACCAGUCUUUCACUGCCGUGUGUAAAAUAAGGAAACAGUUGCUUUAAGCAACGCCUGUGUAUUGUUACAAUACAAACAUAUAUAUAUUUUUUGAUAUUACGUGUUAAACGUACAAGGAAAGAUUUCAUUAUCUUUUUUGGUAAUUUUGAAAGAAGACCAGUGUAUGCCUAUAUAUUAUAGUUUUUUAUAUACAUAAGAAAAUGUUGUUUAGUUAUAUUUUUGUGCCUCUAGAAUAUUAAUUUCAAUGCAAUUCAUAUAGUACAUAUUAUAAUAAGAUUAAUUUAUACACGGGCGGAGUCAAACAUUAGUUUAUCGGGAUGAUAAAUGUGCAUAAAAAUACUAUUGCAGGAAAAAAAUAUCCGCUAGAAGUUUUGCCUGUCCAGUCAAUUUGAGCUCUUAAAGCACCCCCUGGCUACGGCCAUUAAUUUAUACAAUACAAAUUAUUUCUUCUACAUAUUUACGUCUUGUUGUAUGGAUUUGUAUUUUGUGUAAUUUGAUUUGGAUAAUUGCUAACAUAAUCUAAAAAGUCGAAGUCAUAUUAUUAUACUGUGUAUCUUUUACUCGACAAAUAGCUGGAAGAUAUAAAUCAUAUAUGAACUGAAUGUCGUGUUCUUACAAUUUUUAUUUAUUUAUUUCUUGUUUAAAAUCAACACGUUCCUUGUAUGGAGUAACGAUUAUAAUGCCUCCUUAUAGCAGCUUAAUUCUAAAUUCUGUAGGUUAUUUAUGAUUAUAUUAUAAGAUAAGGGCACAAGUACUUCUUAUAAUUAUUAUAGUGAUGGAGCUCACCUAGAUUAAGUUUUUUUAUUUUAAUUAUUUUAAAAAACAAUGUGCCACGUGAACGUAAAAUUUAUUUGAGAUUGUUAUAUCAUGAAGGUUCGCAUCCAAAAGCCAAUAGAUGUCGCUUUAACCAAUCGGCGAGCGUUAUAUUGAACUGAUAAUCGUGUAAGUAAUAAUUAGGUGUAAUUAUAUUUUUGUAACGAGUAAAGCUGUGUGAGCGAAACGGAUAAGGUAUGACAGAGUCCGUAUAAUUUUUAUAUUAAAAAUUA